AAUAGAGCAGAGCUCGGCCAGCAGCAGCAGCACUAGUCCUCGGCAGCAGUAGGAUCUCCGUCCUGGAAGCAUAGAUGUGCUUUAAAACCCCUGGAAUAUCCGCGCGCUGGAGAGGCCAGAACCGACCGCCGCGGAGCGCAGCCUUUAACCACUCUGCAUAAGGGAAAAGAGCCACAGUGGAGCCAUGGCGGUGGAAGAGGAAGGUCUUCGGGUUUUUCAGAGCGUUAAAAUAAAAAUAGGCGAAGCAAAAAACAUCCCUCCCUACCCAGGACCAAACAGGAUGAGGGACUGUUACUGUACCGUCAACCUUGACCAAGAAGAGGUUUUCAGGACCAAGAUUGUGGAGAAGUCACUUUGUCCUUUCUAUGGGGAAGACUUCUACUGCGAAAUCCCACGAAGCUUCAGACACCUCUCCUUCUACAUCUUUGACAGGGACGUGUUCAGGAGGGACUCCAGCAUUGGCAAGGUCGCAGUGAAGAAAGAAGACCUGCAGAAAUAUCACGGGAAAGACACCUGGUUCCAGCUGCAACCUGUCAGCGCUGACUCAGAGGUGCAGGGAAAAGUGCACCUGGAGCUGCGUCUGAGUGAAGUCAUCACCGACAGUGGUGCCAUCAACCAUAAACUGGCCACACGCGUGUUGGAGUGCCAAGGACUUCCCAUCAUCAAUGGCCAGUGUGAUCCCUAUGCUGCUGUCUCCUUACUAGGUCCUUCAAGGUCAGAAGCCAAGAAGACCAAAGUUAAGAGGAAAACCAACAAUCCCCAGUUUGAGGAGAUUUUCUAUUUUGAGGUUACGCGGCCACUGAGCUACACAAAGCGGCAGUUUGAUGUUGAAGAGGAGGAUGUUGACAAACUAGCACUGAGGGUGGAACUGUGGAAUGCCAGCAACCUGAAGUUUGGAGAUGAGUUUCUGGGAGGCGUGCGCGUUCCUCUGCGGGUUUUGGGUCAAGCUGGAGUGCACGAUGCCUGGUACUUUCUGCAACCGAGGGAGAACGGAGGGAAAUCUGUGAAGGUGGAAGAGCUCGGCUCGCUGCGUCUGAACAUCGUUUACACCGAGGACCACGUCUUCCCCUCUGAACACUACACUCCCCUCAGAGAUCUGCUGCUGCACUCUGCUAACGUUGAGCCAGUGUCGGCGUCCGCUGCUCACACUCUGGGGGAGGUGUGUCGAGAAAAGCAGGAAGCCGCCAUUCCACUCGUGCGUCUCUUUCUUCAUUAUGGCAAAAUCGUGCCUUUCAUCAGCGCCAUCGCCCACGCUGAAGUCAACCGCACACAAGAUCCAAACACCAUUUUUCGGGGAAAUUCACUGACGUCCAAGUGCAUUGAUGAGACGAUGAAGCUUGCAGGGAUGCACUAUCUGCAAGUUACGCUUAAGCCGAUCAUAGACGAGAUCUGCACAGAACACAAAUCCUGUGAAAUCGACCCCGUCAAGCUCAAGGAGUCAGAGAACUUGGAGACGAAUCGGGAAAACCUUCGUCAGUACGUAGACCGCAUCUUCACCGUCAUCACCACCUCUGGUGUUCGCUGUCCCACGGUCAUGUGUGAUAUCUUCUUUUCUCUGAGAGAGUCUGCUGCCACCCGUUUCCAAGUUGACCAAGAUGUCCGAUACACAGCAGUGAGCAGCUUCAUCUUCCUGCGUUUCUUCGCUCCUGCGAUCCUCUCCCCCAACCUGUUCCACCUGCGGCCUCACCAUCCAGAUCCCGCCACUUCACGAACCCUCACCCUCAUCUCCAAGACAAUCCAGACUCUGGGGAGUCUUGCCAAGUCUAAAUCGGCCAAUUUCAAAGAGUCUUACAUGGCUGCAUUUUACGACUACUUCAAUGAGCAAAAAUAUGCAGACGCUGUGAAGAAUUUCCUGGAUCUGAUCUCCACCUCUGGUAAAUGGGAUCAGAGGAGCAUAGAGACACCAAUCAUGCUCAAAGAGGGGAGUGUAAAAGUCACUAUAAAGAGGGUUGAUGGGAAGGGGUCUAAAGGCACAAAGGGCAGAUUUAUGAUAAAGAGAGCGCAGGGAAGAAAACGGUUUGGAAUGAAAAACUUCAAGAAGAGGUGGUUUCGCCUCACCAACCACGAGUUCACCUACCACAGAACCAAAGGUGAGGGAGCUCUGUGCAGCAUUCCUAUAGAAAAUAUCCUGGCUGUGGAGCGGCUGGAAGAGGAAUCUUUCAAGAUGAAAAAUAUGUUCCAGGUUAUUCAGCCGGAGCGAGCGCUCUACAUCCAGGCCAACAACUGCGUGGAGGCUCGUGACUGGAUCGACAUCCUGACCAAAGUCAGCCAGUGCAACCGCAAACGCCUGAGCACCUACCAUCCUUCAGCCUACCUCAACGGCCACUGGCUGUGCUGCAAGCACUCAGCGGACACGGCUCCUGGAUGCACACCCUGCACCGGGGGUCUGCCAGCAAACAUUCAGCUGGACGUGGAUGGAGACCGAGAGACUGAGAGAAUUUAUUCCCUCUUCAGCACAUACAUGACCAAACUGACCAAGAUGCAAGAGGCCUGUGGCAGUAAAUCUGUGUAUGACGGCCCAGAACAGGAGGAGUACUCAGGCUUUGUUAUCGAUGACCCCCAGGAGACUUACAAAACCCUGAGGCAGAUCAUUUCAUCUGUACAGACCUUGGAGCAGCAGCACACCAAGUACAAAAGGGACAAGUUCAAGAAGACGAAGAUAGGCAGCCAGGAGCAUCCGAUUGGAGACAAGAGUUUUCAGUGCUACAUUCGCCAGCAGUCUGAGAGCUCUACCUACUCCAUCUAGCAGUGGCCCUGUAUAUUGUUUCUAUUAUGCUCAGAACCAGCAUAUUUUUUCUUAAAUGUGGAAAAAUGCACCCGAGCAGAGCCCUCUUUUGAGCGUUCAUCUUUUUUCUAAAGAAAAAAAGAUCAGGUGUAGCCAUGCCAAAUCACUUUAAAAAGACAAUUCUGAAGGCAAAGAUGUUGGUGUGGCAAUAAAAAACAAAAACAUACAAAAUAAUCACCUGAUUCACUGAUUUGUCAAGUUUGAAGAAAAAUAACAUUUUUUAGACGUGCUGCCUGACUGAAAGAGCUGUGUUGUGUAGAUGGACUGUUUCUUUGCAGUGUCUCAAAGUUGCGUCAGGUUCAGAGAAAGAGACUUCAGAUGAGUGGGGGAGAAUUUUAAAAAAGGCGGGAAAAGUGUGGAGGAAAUGAAGAAAGGAACGACGAGAUAAUGACACCGUUCACUCAUCUGACCGAGCCGCCCUCCUGUCAUGCAACGUGAGAACAAACUUUUCACUGGACAGUUUUGACAGUGACCAACACGCACUUUAACCAAAUCCGAAUCUAUGGAUGAACAAGCCUCGCAGCACACUUUCAAAAAGCUCAUUUUACCUGUUUGACUUGUGUUUGGUUAUUUUAAUGGUUGUUGAAAUGUUUAAUUGUUUUUCUUGUCUGACAGACCAAAACUUUAGAAGGAAGGAAGGACUGUUUUUUUCCCCUGUUCGGUUGUUGUUGUUGUCCUUAUGCACCUUCUGUUUUUCUGCUUCGCCCUCAGCCUCCUCAGCAAGGCUGUAAGUAUCCAGGAGAUAAAAGAAGGGGUUGUGGGGAGAGAGCACAGUCAGGAGCAGCUUGAUUUUAGCAAUGGAAUAUCACUCCACUCCACGUUGUUUUGGUUGGGUUUUUUUUUUUUAACCUUUUUAAGUUUGAAGUUUAAGUUUGCAGGUUUGCAAGUUUUAUUGUUUUCAUGGGUUGACAAAAAAAAGUUUUUCAUCUACUUUCCAAACCAGUUUCUGUAGGAUCCCACAGAAGUCAACCUGUGGAAAUGGACACUUAAUGGACUUUUUGAUCAACAGAGAACCUAAAACAGAUUCCCAGGUAAGAUGAGACAACAACCCCUGAAAACCAUCGUCUUACCUGACAAUAGGGUGAAACUGGUGCUGUUAUUUAAAAUGCACCAGAGAUUUGCAAGAACCAAUAUGGUGUUUUGUUGGUCAGAAAGGCCCUUCAGUGACCAGUGAAUGGUACAACCCCUAAAAUAAAUAAAACUGCACAGGUUUGUCCCAAAACAUUUUUAUAACAUGUUGUCCCAGUCCUGCAAUUACUUUUAGAUCUGAAACCCAUUUAGUGGGGCGUCUUACUGUCACUGGCAUAUAUAUAAGCUGAAUUUGGACCACAGGAGCCUUUUUUGAGGAAUUUCCUCUGAAUCCUGUUUAUUUCAUCCAUAGUUACCAGGAAAUUGGGCAUAGCUCUGGAUGUGAAACCUGAUGGAGUAGUCCCAUUGUUUUAUUUCCACUGUUUAGUCUCAGUCAUCUGAAAUUUCAAAUUCACAAUGACUCAUGAAAUCUGUUGACUUUAUGCUGUGCGUGAGAAUAGUUUUUACUGUUUAUAUACACAACAUUCAAAGUCUGAUUCAUGUAGCAUCAAUGAGAUGAGAAGAUGGUCGAGGAAGCUGCAAAAAUAAUGACAAGGAGCUCAGAUUGUGACAGGAAAGCUGAACAGUUAGAGCAAUAAAACACAAGUCUGAAUAUUUUACAGCAGCUGUACUCGACCGUACAAACACCCAAUAGGAACAAAUUCUAAGUGAAUUAAGCUGUUGUGCAUUUCUAGUGGAUCGGGAGCCCCCAUCAAUUAAAGGAAGGGUUGAAUCUGAGCAAGAAAUCAGUAAUCUCUGAUUGUUUUACAGCAGUUGUGUUUUAAGGCACAAAUAGAAACAAUCCAAAAAUGUGUAGAGGUGUGUAACAUGAACAGACUUAGGAAGUAACAGAGCUGAAGCACACAUCCUAGUAAACGGUCUGCUGCUCUGACGGUUGCAGUGUCGAAGAAGAACCACACCCUUUAGUGGACUUAAAUUUCCUAAUCUACCCCGAAUCUUGGACCUCAGUGGGAACACAGAAGACUUUCUAUGAAAAAAAACUAUUUCUGUUUAAUUUCUGGUUUUUAUUGGUCAAAAUGCAGCUAUCCAUUCGCAACUUCCUGAAAGUGACUUUCAAAAUAAUUGAACUGUUUAAUAUUAAUAUGUAUGGGAAACUUGCAGCUUUUAAAGUAGAACUCAGUCAUUUUGAGAACCUUGAAAAUCAACUUAAGCGUCCCUUCCCCUCCCUCUCUGCUGUGCUUCAGCUCCGCCUCCUAAGUUACACCAUGCAGAGGAGCCUUCUGUGCAUGCACAGGCCAGUAACCGAGGCAACUGUCAAAAUACCAGUGACACCGAUGACAGAUUUCUCCUGGCUUACUGUUGAUUUUUACUAAUUGCAUUAGGAGCACUAGAGGGAGCAGAGGAACCUGAACAUUUUUCCACAAAUUGAUUGCCUCAUUUUUCCGUCAGCAAAUGGCAAAAAGGUUGUGUUGGAAGAGGUGCUGAUGUUAAAAGGCAUGCUUGUUUUACCUUGUGUAAAAGCUUAAGCCAAUCACAAAGCAGAAACAAUAUGUUAGUACAGCUUACUUACAAUGUUUAUAGCUUGUCUUAUUUUUAUUUAAUCCAUAUACUUUCACUUUAACAAGUUUCAUCUCAAGUUGUAUUUGUAACUUGGAUAUCGUAUAGCUGAUUGUGUUGCCCUACUGGCGUGGUUCUUCUCUUCUGUGGAUUCUCCUCAUAUUCCCCAUCAUUCCUCUCCCCCUUGUAUUUUGAACAUAAACGUAUUUAUAUGCAUUCCUCUGAGAAGCCGUCUGCUGUGAAUCUCACCAGAUAGCAGAUCAGACUGUUGAAGGUACAGGAUUUAUCAUUGUUAACCUGUUUUGUUGUGUUCCUCUAUACUUUGCAAAGGCAGUCACUCUUCUUUUAAUAAUUUUGUUCUUGCCAAACCAUUGGAUGUGAAGUAUAGUUGUAGCCAUGGCGACAGUGGACUCCCCACAACCAACCACAAAUUUUAUAUUUCCCAAAACUAAGUUACAUGUCUAUGUAGCCUCAUGGGUGUCCCUGUGUAUACAGGAUCCCAACCAGUGCCAGUCACCAUUUUUCUAAAAAUUAAUAUUUUCAAAAACGUACAAAAAAAAAGUUUAGACAUGUUUUUUUUUUAAAUAUAUUUCAACCUGUAUUGUUUUAAAACAGUUGAACAGUAAUUCUAAUAUCAUGUAUUUCGUUGUGGAAUAUGUUGAAAAAUUAGAGCGGUCUCAUCAAUUUGACUCUGUUUUCUAUCUUUAUCGUUGUCUUACACAAAUUUUGAACCGAGUGACUGAGGUGUGUGUGUUUUGUGCAUGUGUUUGUCAGUGUGAACACGAUGGACUGACAAAAUGGGUAUAUUGCCAAAUUGGUUUGGGCAGAGUGUCACUUGCUAAAAAAAACAGAAAAAAAAACUUUACUACUUUAAAAACUGCUACUUUACUCUGGCCCAAUGUAGUUUGUUCUUCUUUUUCUCUAAUGUUGCACCCCUCUUCUCAAGAAAACCUUUGCCAAUCUACUCUCCCCAAACAAUUGACAAUAUGUACAAUAAAGAAGACUGAUGAAUCAUUAACAAAGCAUUAUUGCUUUAACCUCUAAAAUUUGAUGAGCAUUUGUUUUGAUCAGUUACUAACUCUCCUCAGGUGUAUGAGACUCAUAUUUAUUAUAAUUUUCUAGAAAAACCUUCCCAGAAAUGUCAUCUGACUUGUUGCAGCGAUGAUAGUUACAGUAACAGCACCUCCUUUUUCCCGAAGCCCACAAAAGGGGAAUGAAUUAUGCAAUAAAGAUGAUAUGCAAUGAUAUCACAACUUCAGUUCACUUCUUCUGACGUUUUGCAGUAAAAAUGCCUCUUCAGAUAGACACAUAAUAUAAAGGGAGAACAGUGUAUUUUGUACAAAUAUUUUAAAAGUAUUAAAAUAAGUGUGUUAAAUGUGUAUAUAAAACAGCUGAAUGAAAGGUGAAAAUGUGAUGUUAUUUUUUUUUCCUCUGAAUAAUUAAAUGAAAACAAUAUGAAUGCAAAUAUGUUGUCUGUGUCAUUU